GUGUUAGCUAGUGUGUUGUCAUCAGCUGAUCAUGUCUGGUGUUGUUAGACUUCAGUUCUCAUCUCUGGAGCUUCUGUCUCUGUGUUUCUGUCUGCUGUCUGCUGGAACAACACGAGGAGAUCAACACGAUGUCGUCAAAGUGUUUGCAGCAGAAGGAAGUGAUGUCAUCUUACCCUGUUCCCCCAGCACCAAGGAGAACAUUCAGUCAGUGUUGUUUGACUGGAGGAAAGUUGCUCAGAAGGAUGAAGAUCGGAAGGAGGUGUUCCUGUAUGAUGCAGGCGUUCAUUACAACAACGGACGUUCAGGUCAGAGCGAGCAGUUCAAAGGUCGAGUCUCACAUUUUCCAGACCAACUGAAGAACGGCAACGCCUCCAUAACCAUCACAAAUACAAAGAUGACCGACAGCGGAAACUACACCUGCGAUUUUCCACGUCUUCAGCCACGUCAGAUAUUCUACGUUGAGCUUGUUGUUAAACUCAUCAUGAAAGACCGAUCAGGAGAAAACCCAGCUGCAACUCCAAAGCCAUCCGUCACAAUACUUGAUGCCACAGAGACCAGGGCGCUGCUGCAGUGUGACGUUCGAGGUGCUUCUCUAAAACCUAAAGUAGAGUGGCAGGACAGCGCUGGAAACAUCCUUCCUGCUGAGGAACCACAGGUGUCUGAAAGAGGAGGAAGCUACGACAUCAUCCUCCAAACCACUGUGACCAAGACCGACCGCUAUCGCUGUGUCGUCACACAGGAGACAAUCAGCCAUCAGGUUUCUGCUGAGACCUUUGUGCAUAUCAGUGCUGCAACUCCAAAGCCAUCCGUCACAGUACUUGAUGCCACAGAGACCUGGACGCUGCUGCAGUGUGACGUUCGAGGUGCUUCUCUAAAACCUAAAGUAGAGUGGCAGGACAGCGAUGGAAACAUCCUUCCUGCUGAGGAACCACAGGUGUCUGCAAGAGGAGGAAGCUACGACAUCAUCCUCCAAACUACUGUGACCAAGACCGACCGCUAUCGCUGUGUCGUCACACAGGAGACAAUCAGCCAUCAGGUUUCUGCUGAGACCUUUGUGCAUAUCAGUGAGAAAGUGCGUGAGGACUCAUGCCGCAAAGAGAUCAAUGGAUUGUGUAUCCUUGGUGUAUUGCUUUCGGGAGCUGUCAUCAUUGUUGCAGGUCUAGCUCUGCCUGAAGCUAGAAAGUUCAUCACAAUACGCUGUAAUAAAGGUUCUCGUGAGCAGACAGAGUCUUCAUAUGACGACAAUCCAGAGACGCCACUUAAACAACUACCUGUAAAUGAAAGUGCGAUAGUGAUUGAGAGUGAGAGAGAGAGUGAAAGAGAGAGUGAGGAUCUUCGAGGUUUUCUAGUUUCAUAUGGUACCAGUAUUUCACUCUAACUUUAAAACUGAGCCCACUACAAUCUUAA